AUGUCCGGCUUCAUCACCAGGAAGAACAUCUGGCCCCUCAGCGCGCAAUUAGUGCCUGCGAUUACUGCCGAUCACGAAAGUCCCGAUGCAAGGGGAUCGGUCCUUGCGAGGCGUGCACUGAGCGUGCAUCAGGACAGACGGCUAGUCGAUACUCGUGAAAUAGAUGCAACAGGAAAUCCACAUCUAUUCAAACAAACUACAUCGAAGCCCGAUAACUAUCUUGAUGAUAGCCCGGUGCAUGCUAUCCCCUACGUUGAAGCAUAUUUUGACAAAUUUCACCCCAGCUGGCCGUUCUUGCACAGAGCAACUUUUGAUCCGGCUUAUGAGCCCCCCAUUCUAUUACAGUCUGUCUUAAUGAUAGGCCUGUGGGUGGCCGGGGGCCGAAAAUUGCAACACGCAGCGAUCGAACUGCACGAGAAACUGACGACGACCAUUCACUCGCAACGGCACAAAUGGGGAAUACCCGCCACGAACCAUGAGACGAAACCCUCGUGGCCAAUCGCCACAUACCAGGGUAUCCUCCUACAGAUCAUCUUCGCCCUUUUGAGAGAUGGCCAGAGCCCCCUGCUUACCCGCAAACUUCCCGAGGUACCUGCCGCAUUACUCACCUCGCUUGUGCAUACUUGCCUCCACCAGGGGUUGUUCUCUUAUCCGAGUAUUAUCGCCCAGUUCAAACCGGGUGACGAACCUGACGUUUUCAUCUGGCUUGGGAUCGAAGAGGUAAAACGGUUUGCUCUUGCGCUUUACAAAAUAUCUAAGAUAUACUAUACACUAGGCGAUAAAAUCCACGAUCAUGGUCUAGAAGCUCAUCAACUGAGGGAGAAACAGCCAAAUAAUUGUUCCAGCAAUGCUCCAAACAGAGUCCUUUCUCUGACAGACCUACAGUUUGGAGUACCUGACAGUGAUAGCCUAUGGAAUGCUACUUCUAAUUUAGCAGCAACGCUAGCAGCCAGAGGAGUAGAAGUCAACUCAGCGACUUAUAACGAUAAGAACAUGGAGGCGAAUUGGAUUUCAAACAUAGCACAGCCCCUACAAAGGAUUGAUGUCGCACUUUUUUGGCUAUGA